GACAAAACGAGGGUGCUCGCUGCAGAGCCAAAUGGGAGGAGCUGGAGCUCUAGCUCCCCCUCGCUGGAUGUAAUGGGUGGAGCUAGACACCCAACCACUCCUUAACCCUACCCCUUACCCUAUCGCUAAACAUAAUUCCACCCAUUAGUUCACACAGAGGUGGAGCUGGACAUCCAGAGAGGGGGAGCUGGAGGUCAUUUGGCUCUGCAGUGAGCAGUACUUGGAAAAUCUCCUAACACCGGCUGGCCUAUGCAAAUGUUGGUUGGGAUUCGCCUCUUUUUAAGUGGUCUUUUACACGCACAAGAAUUACAUUAGGAGGAGGAAAUAAUGGUGUUUGAGGCUCAUGGUAUAUCAUUUCCAUGUACAGAACUCUCAUUAUUCAACUAUGCCAAGUCGAGAGGUGUUUCCUGAAGGCUCUGGAGGCUGUCCGUUUGACAUUGACAGAAGACUGACACACUGACAUCACAUUCAUCUUCAACUCUCUUGGCACCUGCAGUUAAUGGAUGAACUGUCUCCAAUACAUCAAACUGUCUGCAUGCUGUUGCUGAAGGAAUAUUGACAUUCACUAUAUGAUUGAUACUACGGGGCCAAAACAUUUUACCAGGAAAAGAGUUUUGGGAAAAUUGUCAGGCAUGAUCAUGAACAACACCACAAACCAAACUGGCCUGCCGGAGGACUUUAGAAUUGCUCUUCUGGUUUUAUAUAUAUUCAUCUUUCUCGCUGGGACUCUGAAUGUUGUACUAAUGUCUUGUAUGCUACAGUCUCAAAGAUGUCUCUCUUUCACCAAAGUGUCUGUGAUCAACCUGAUAGCAGUGCACUCCUUUUUCCUUCUCACGGUGCCCUUUCGAAUUUACUAUUAUGCUUCUGAUGAAGACUGGAUUCUGGGCAUACAUUUCUGCAAAAUUGUCAGUCUUAUGAUCCAUGCCCACAUGUAUCUUGCAUUCAUCUUCUAUGUCUUCCUUCUAAUUGUGCGCUAUGUGGAGCACUCUGAUCAGCAGCACAAGCUAGAGUUUCAUCGCAUCCUUCACGCCACGAUUGCAAGUGCAACCGUCUGGUUGGUCAUAUUCGGCUCUAUGUUCCCAGCAACUAUUGCUAAAUAUGGAAUGACACAGAACGAUUCAACUCAUUGCUUUCAUUUUGGUCAGGCUCUCAUGCAGCCUACUGUGAAGAGAUUAAACUAUGUAAUUUGUAUACUAGUAAUACUGGUUUGGAGUGUGCUGGCAUUUUUCCAAGUUUAUUUUCUGCUCAACGUGAGUAAGACAUUUGGAAAGGCCACAUGUCAACGUCAAGAGUUCUGGGCACAACUGAAGAACGUUGUUUUCCUGUUGGUCAUGUUUUUUUGUUUUGUGCCCUAUCAAGGAUUCAGAGUUUAUUAUGUGAGGGAAUAUGGCAAGACUGAAGAAAUUAAUCAUAUAAAUGAAGUAUUACUUGCUGUCACUGCUUUCAGCUGCAUUGAUAUGAUUGCUUUUGCUGGUAGAGAUGUAUGUAAACUUAUAAAUUCAAGGGGAUGGUUUUACUGUUUAUAGAAACUAUGUUGUAUAUUGUUAUUGAUAUAGGGAAUUGUUUUACAUUUUCUUAUCUUUGUUUUUGAUGCGUUUGUGCCUUAUAAGCUUAAAACAAUUGUUCAGCAUGACAGAAUGUUUGGAAAUA